AUGUCAGACAUACAAGAAAUUCAUAAUUAUCUCUUUGAUCAAGUCAUUAACUUUAAACAACCAGGUCGUAUAUCGGUCCCUGAUGAUUAUAUGGAUUAUAUGGUAGAAACAACCUGGGUAGAGGAUUUUUAUUUAUUCUCUUGCCCUACUAUUGCCCUAUAA